UAUGUUUGCAAUAUAUAUGUUGAUAGUUUGCAUAACUUGUAGAUGGUCAAGCAGAUGAACAAAAGAAAAAAGAUGGUUAUAGCAGCUGAUGUUUUGUUGCAAUGGCAGUAAUUGUUCGGGCUAUAGUAAGUAAGAGAAGACCACGUAUUACCUAUGGCCCAAUGCAUGAAAGAGAUCAAAUUAGAUACGAUUAUCUAAACCAAAAAAAAUGGCAAAGAGAUGUCUUAUGUAAAAACAUGCUAAGGUUUGAAAGAGCUGCGUUUUUCAACUUGUGUGCGAUAAUGAGGGAUCGCAAGUUGCUAGGAGAUAGUCCACAUGUUAGCGUGGAGCAACAAUUAGCAAUGUUUUUGCAUACAAUUGGGCAUAACCUUCGGAAUAGGCUGGUGUCAGCCAUUUUUUGUAGAUCAUAUGGCACAACCAGCAUAUACUUUAGAAAGGCUCUUCAUGCCAUAGGCAAGCUUCAUAAUGAUUAUAAACGACCACCAUCAUUUGAGAACCCCGCAAAAAUUGACGGAAAUCGUCGAUUUGACCCAUAUUUUAAGGAUUGUAUUGGAGCUAUAGAUGGUACACAUGUGCGAGUAGGUGUUACCAAAGCUGUCGAACAUUCUUUUCGUGGUAGGAAGGCCUUUAUAACCCAAAAUGUGAUGGCAGCGGUAGAUUUUGAUCUCCGCUUCACAUAUGUGUUGGCUGGUUGGGAGGGGUCAGCCCACGAUGCGACCAUUUUAGCUGAUGCAUUAACGCGCGAGAGAGGCUUACAAGUACCACCAGGAAAGUUCUACCUAGUUGACGCCGGUUACGGGGCCAAGCCCGGGUAUUUACCACCUUUUCGUGGUGUGAGAUACCAUUUGAAUGAGUGGGGCAACAAUCGAGACCAAAAUGAUAAGGAGCUAUUCAACCUUAGGCACUCUUCUCUACGGGUGAUGGUAGAGAGGGCUUUUGGAUAUCUCAAGAGGCGUUUCAAAAUUUUAGAUGAUGCCAAACCAUUCUUUACUUUCUCAGUACAAGUUGACAUUGUUAUAGAUUGUUGUGUUCUUCACAAUUAUGCACUAUCACAAGGGAUUGAUGAAUUUAUUAUACCACAAGUGACAUGGACCACCCGACCAAUUCGAACAUCAAGACAACAAGCAAAAAUGGAGAGUGUUGAAGUCACCGCUGCAAGUGCAAGCUUGGAGAGAGCCAGGAUCAUCGUGUCGACCAAUUCCAUGAUGAAAACCAUGCUGGGUUUUUGGCUGGUAUUGUUACUGAUGUGGACUUCAAGUGGAUAUGGAGAUGUUUACCAUAGACAAUGUUUUGCUGUUCUGAACGAGCGAGUCAAGCUUUCUGUCCGUGGAGAUCAAGUCAAAUACCUUCUCAAGAAGUGGAGGAAGAUUUGGGGAAGGGUAUUCAACUUGAAGAAUUUAAGUGGAGUUGUAUGGGAUAAAGAUAUUUGCACAAUAAGGCUGAGCGAGGUUCACUAUAGACGGCAUUGUAUGACCUAUAAAGGUGAUGCAUCUCCAGCCGUGCCCCCAGAACGCCCUCCCAAGCGCCUUUUUAAUUGUCGGCGUUAA